AGGGGCGGAGACUGGAGAGCGCGUGCGCAAUGGGUCGGGCCGCGGGCGAUGCUGCUGCGGAGCGUAGCCGCUGGCGGCCGGGCGGUAGCCUCAGCUUCCCUGUGCUCGGGGCCAGGCCGCCUCGCCAGCUGGGAGCGGUGCCGCGGGCUUCCUGGAGGCGGCAGCACUCUGCACAGGUACCGUGCCUGGAUCCUGGUCUGCGAAGGCCGUAGAGAGUUCGGGAAGGACCAUGGGGAGGAGGGCUCCCAAGCAGGUGCCGACGGCACCAGGCAUCCUAAGUCCUCCCUGCCCGGCGGGAGCACCUCGGAGGCCCCGUACCCCCUGCCACCUGAGCUGCAGCCCCCCACAAACUGCUGCAUGAGCGGCUGCCCCAACUGCGUGUGGGUGGACUACGCAGAGGCGCUGCUGCGGCACUACCAGGACGGCGGGGAGCGGGCCCUGGCCGCCCUGCAGGAGCACGUGGCCGACGAGAACCUCAAGGCCUUCCUCCGGACAGAGAUCCAGCUCCGCAUGAGGAGCAGAGGCUGAGCGGCCCGGCCGACAGCUCACCCGCGGGAGCCCGAGCUCCUGCCCAGCAGCACGCGGCCCCUCUGUCCCGGGCGGCUUCAUGGGGCUUGCGUCGGGUGGGAAUCGACUUCGCCUGGAAAUAAAUAAGCUCCCUGCUGCUGAGACGAGAGGCUUUGUGGUCUGAGCGGCUGCUGUGGCCUCGGCGGAGAGCAGGUGUCCUCAGAUGGUCCCCGAGCACCUGCAGCCGCACCAGCCUGUGGGUGAAAUAAGACUCUUCCUUGAAUAUUCAGAUGACACUGAGCCCAGGGCCCCCUUCUGUGUCCCGCAUCCAGGAGUCCUGCUGGAGGUCAGCUGUGGGGCAGAGGGAGGACUGUCUGCUCCCAGGAAGGUGCCCUUGGCAGCCCGGAACAUUCCCCAUUUGUCCUUGAGGAGACACCCGUCUGCCAGCCAAGUAGCCGGCUGCCAAUCAGCCUGCAGGGGCCUGAGCACGGAGCCACCAGUCCUUCCAGUUCACUUAGGCCCAGCCUCCCGGGCAGGUGUCCAGGGGAGGACUAGGAGGCCUCAGGCAUUAACCCGAGAACCAGCGUCCCGACACCAGCCUGGUCUUUGGCUGCAGACCUGGCCCUGGGACCAUCGGCCCAAGUGGGACUUUAUCUUAGGGCCCUCGCUGCCCAUCCCUAUCUUCCCUCAUCCUCGUCCUUGGAAAUUUCCCGCCUCAUCCCCCACCCCAGCAAUCACAAGCUCCGAUGCUAGUGGCCUGGGCAGGGCAAGGAUUAAAAGAAUUUAUGCCGGU